CGCCCGCCUGCCCGACUGGAGAGCUAAAAUAAUAAAAUGCUGAUCUCACACACUUCUCUGGCUGCCUCGCCCGCUGCCCUGCCCGCCGGGUUCACACCGCUCGGGAGAAGUCAACGGCUGCCACAGCCCACCAAAGUUCCAGACUCUUGUUUCGGCAUCAUCGGACGGGGCCCUGCCAGGCUUGGAUAAGCCACUCCCACCACCAUGACGACAUCCUACCAGAAGGAGCUGGAGAAGUAUCGAGAUAUCGAUGAAGACAAGAUCCUAAAGGAGCUUUCGCCAGAGGAGCUGGCCCAGUUGGACUUGGAGCUGCAAGAAAUGGAUCCCGAAAAUGUCUUGCUCCCAGCUGGGCUUCGCCAGCGAGACCAGACCAAGAAGAGCCCCACGGGGCCGCUGGAUCGGGACGCCCUCAUGCAACACCUGGAGAAGCAGGCGCUGGAGGUGGAGGAGCGCGAAGACCUGGUGCCCUUCACUGGCGAGAAGAAAGGGAAACCCUUCAUUCCAAAGAAUCCCAAGCGAGAGAUCCCGAAAGAAGAGCAGAUCACACUGGAACCCGAACUAGAAGAGGCCUUAAAGAAUGCCACCGAUGCAGAGAUGUGUGACAUUGCUGCCAUCCUGGGCAUGUACACUCUGAUGAGCAACAAGCAGUACUACGACGCCAUCUGCAGCGGCAACAUCUCCAACACAGAAGGCAUCAACAGCGUGGUGCAGCCAGAUAAAUACAAGCCAGUCCCGGACGAGCCCCCCAACCCCACCGACGUGGACGAGACGUUGAAGAAAAUACAGAGUAACGACAAGGAUCUUGAAGAAGUUAACCUUAAUAAUAUUAAGGACAUUCCCAUCCACACCCUGAAAGAAAUCUGCGAAGCCAUGAAAUCCAACACUCAAGUGAAGAGGCUCAGUCUGGUGGCCACCCGGAGCAACGAUCCAGUGGCACAUGCAGUGGCUGAGAUGCUGAAGGAGAACAAGACCCUCCAAACCCUCAACAUUGAAUCCAACUUCAUCACCAGCGCCGGGAUGAUGGAAGUAAUCAAAGCCAUGAAGCAGAACACGACACUGUCCGAGCUCAAGGUGGACAACCAGUGCCAACGACUGGGUGACUCAGUGGAGAUGGAGAUGGCGGCCAUGUUGGAAAACUGUCCCUCCAUCAUCCGGUUUGGCUACCACUUCACGCAGCAGGGACCAAGGGCCAGGGCAUCCUUUGCUAUAACCAGGAACAACGAAUUGCGUCGCAAGCAGAAGAAAACAUAAUGACUUCCUCCCCGCGGGAAUCCUGAACGCCCUUCAAGCAUCGCCCUGUGCCUAAAAUAUUGCUCCUGAGCUCGGGCCUUCUCCUAAGGUCACAGAUUGUAAACAGACAGAAUUUUUCUUUUCUU